GGGGGAAACGACGACCCAUCCCCCAACACGAAGGCCGCUUCGACCGCUAGGCAGGCUGCCCCCGGCAACAACAAACCCGCGAUGCCCAAGCAGACCAUCGCGGGCGGCGUCGCGGGCGCCAACAACAGGAAAAAGCAGUUCCCCGGCAUGCCCAAGCCCGCGGCGGCCACCGCCGGGUCCGGUUCGGCCGGCGCCCAAUCAUCAUCUUCGUCAUCGUCGAAAGGAGGAGGAGCACUCGGAGGAGCGCCCGCCAUCCCGAGCAUCGACGUCGCCAACACGAUGAAGGAGCUCAUGGGCGCCGCGGCCGGUUCGUCCGGCGGUAAGCAGAAGUACUCGUACAAGUGGGGCGCCGCGGAGGCGACGGGGCCCAGGGAGUACAUGGAGGACGCGUGGACGGUUCGCGACUCCGGUUUCCCGGGUGGAUACUUUUUCGCAUCCGUCAUGGACGGACACGGCGGCGAAGCGUCGAGCGCGUGGCUUCGCGAGAACCUCUUCAAAUCCCUCGCCGCUUCGUGCGAAGGCGCGUCGCGCGGACGCGCCACCGAGCCCGGUGCGCUGGUGCAGGACGGCACCAAGGGGGGCGGAUACCUCGCCGAAGCGCUAAAGACCGGGUACACAUCCGCGGAUGACUCGCUCAUCGAUCACAUCGCGAGGCUCGGCGAACCCGAGUGCUGGAGCGGUUCGACGUGCACGUCCGUCCUCGUGCGCGACGACCGGAUCGUGUGCGCGAACGUGGGCGACUCGCGCGCGCUGCUCGUGCGCGCGUCGAAGGGUGUCGAGCUGACGCAAGACCACAGACCCGUCGGGACGUCGAGCAAAGGACGGCAGGAAAUGCAGCGCGUCGUGAACUGCGGGGGUUGGUCCGUGGGCGGACGGGUGUGCGGCAUCCUCGCGGUGUCGCGCGCGUUCGGCGAUUACGAGUUUAAGGGUGGGAGAUUCGACCUCCUGGAGGACCUCAGCGAGGAGCCACUCGCGAAGAAGGCGACGCUCAAAGACCCGCCGGUGGUGCCCGUCCCCGACGUUUUCGAAUGCGCGAGGGACGUGGCGAAUGACGAGUGGCUCGUCAUCGCCAGCGACGGCUUGUGGGACACGGUGAAUUCGCAGCAGUGCGCCACGUUCAUCAAGCAAGAGCUGAAGAAGACGCCGGGGAUGGGCGCGGACGAGCUCGCGAACGCGCUGGUCAAGAGGGCGAUACGGUUCAGGACGCAGGACAACGUCGCGGUGGUCGUCGUCGAUCUUCGCCAAACGUAAAACCAAAUAACCAAAAGGUUUGAACGAAGGUUUGAACGAAGGUGGGUUCCCUUCGUCGACGAGUCUUAUUAGUUGGGCGUCGACGGGAGAGGGCGGGGCGGGGUACAGGGGCCGAGACGUACAGGCCCCCGUGUAGUAUAACCUGUGAUGUGCAUUCGAAACUACCUAUGAUGUU